AUGAACAUGUUCCAGGCGAUCAACAACGCCAUGGAACUCGCACUCAGCUCGGACGACAAGGCGUUACUUUUCGGCGAGGACGUGGCGUUUGGUGGCGUCUUCCGCUGCAGCAUGAACCUCCGUGAACAGUUCGGGAGGGAACGUGUGUUUAACACCCCGCUGUCCGAGCAGGGCAUACUUGGCUUCGCGAUUGGCUUAGCCUCGGUUGGGUACACGCCCAUUGCAGAGAUUCAAUUCGCAGACUACGUUUAUCCGGCGUUUGACCAGAUUGUGAAUGAAGCAGCCAAGUACCGCUACAGGGCGGGGAGUACGUGGCACUGUGGAUCGCUGACGAUCCGUAUGCCCUCUGGUGCUGUUGGCCAUGGAGGCCUCUACCACUCCCAGUCGCCUGAGGCCUUCUUCACUCACUGUCCGGGUUUGAACAUCGUGGUCCCCAGGGGCCCAUCACAAGCCAAGGGCUUGCUCUUGGCCGCGAUCCGGAGUCCAGAUCCGACCCUCGUCUUUGAGCCAAAGGUGCUGUACCGACAAGCGGUCGAGGAAGUGGCCGUGGAUGAUUUCGAGCUCCCAAUUGGCAAGGCCGAAGUGGUCAGAGAGGGCACGGACGUGACUCUCAUCGGCUGGGGUAACCAGGUGCAUCGCCUGCUACAGACAGCGGACCUGGCCACAAAGGAGGGGGUGAGCUGCGAGGUGAUUGACCUGCAGUCUCUUGCUCCCUGGGACGAGGAAGCCGUUCUCACUUCAGUGGAGAAGACCGGCCGAUGCGUCAUAGCCCACGAAGCGCCGAAGACCAGCGGCUUCGGGGCAGAACUGGCGGCCACAGUGCAAGACAAGGGCUUCCUGAAGCUGGAGGCCCCUGUCCAGCGCGUUUGCGGGUGGGACACGCCAUUCCCUCUGGCCUUCGAGGAGUUCUACCUCCCAACGCCGCUGAGGGUUCUUGAUGCCGUGAAGAAGGUGACCUCCUUCUGA